AUGAACUAUGAGAAGAUAGAAUUAUUUCUGUUUAACACCAACUGGAAGUUUGAAUUCAGUAACAUUGAUAACACCAGGCUGAAUCCUGCCGCGGACGCUGACCUGAUGGGCUGGGCUGUGUCUGCCUACAGUUUGGGUCAACUUAUUGCCAGCCCUUUCUUUGGGACCUGGGCAAACUGGAGAAAUUCAACCAAAGAGCCGCUGCUUCUGAAUCCUGCCGCGGACGCUGACCUGAUGGGCUGGGCUGUGUCUGCCUACAGUUUGGGUCAACUUAUUGCCAGCCCUUUCUUUGGGACCUGGGCAAACUGGAGAAAUUCAACCAAAGAGCCGCUGCUUGUUUGUCUGGUUUUGUCUUGUUUGUCUUACAUUGUAUACAUGUACCUGGACAGUCUUCCUGACCACAGAGACUAUUUCAUGAUAGCAUGCAGAUGUCUGAUUGGAUUGAGUGCAGGUUUUGAAUCAAACACUGAGGAAUUUAUCCCAUUCUUGGUGAAGAACACUCUCCUGUUAUUGGACAUUGCCGAGAUCAUUCCUCGCAUGCAAAUGGCGGCCAAAGUGCGUCUCAAUGGUGACAUAGCGGGUGAAAAGGCUGGCCAGUCCAUCAAGCUGAUGUCCUCAUAUGGUGCCUUGAUCAGGAGCUACGUCUCGGGGGCCACCACCAUCAAAGAGAGGACUGCAGCGAUGGCCAAUCUCAACAUUAGCUGUACCACAGGUUUUAUACUCGGGCCUGCCCUCCAGGCUGUUCUAGUCUUGCUGAAAUACCCUGGUCCCAUAGAGUCCGCGGCCUUCCAUCUCAACAUGUAUACUUGCCCUACCCUCAUCGCCGCCCUGUCUUCUCUUGUCAGCAUCGUUCUCCUCUGUGCCGUCUUCAAGAGCCACCCCGUGAGUUCUGGCUUCUGUGGUGAGGACAACGAAAGUUUCGCCAGUAUUCAGGUGGAUGGUGAGAUCGUGAGGACAGGAGAGUCAAGACCGGGGAUGUAUGCCAGUUUGCCACAGGCGCAGUUUGUCACAGGCUUUGAUUGCGCCGUGCAUGAUGGAAGUUAUUACUGCCAGUCUCAAAAAGUACUGAGCACUCCUCUGGUGAUGCACAUGUACGGCUGGACAAAGUCGGAGACAACCCUGAUUCGAGCCAUCACCACAGGCUGCUCAUCAUUCUGCGCCAUCUUGGUUUACGUUGUGGUCAAGUGGCUAUCCGCGAGGUUCGCAGAGCGCAUGAUUUUGGUCGGCGGAUCUAUCACAUUGUUUGGGGCGUUCUUCGUCUUCAUUCCCUGGGGAGGAAGACUUCCGCCUCUAGGUCUUGCACCUGUUUCCUCACCCGCCAAACAGCUCCCAGCUCCAGAGAUAAACAACCUCACCACCACCACCCCAAGCUUCGCAGACCUCAGCGUCAAAGGAUUUGAACUCAGUCCCUCGUUGUCCCGUGUAGAGGACACCACAACGACCGUGUCGCCCAAUGUGACGUACACGCCAGAAGGCUGUCCCUGGAACUACCCGUGGUGUGUGGACUCCCCGCAGCUGCCCCUGGCCCAGUACAUCGUCGGGGUCUUCCUGUUCGCUAUGGGCUCCCCAACCACACACGUGCUCUCCGUCACCAUCUUCUCCAAACUUUUAGGACCUGGACCACAGGGUACCUGGAUGGGUGUCUUCCUGUCCGCCGGCUGCCUGGCCGGGAUGUUAGGACCCAUUCCUGCGGCGAGAAUCUACGACUGGAAAGGCCCCCGGGUCCUGUUCGGCGUGUGCUGUGCUGUUAUCGCGAUAUGCAUUCUGGUUGUUCUGCUGGUGUAUCAGCGUCUUGUGCCGUACUCUACAAGACGUGUGGCGAAAACUGUCGCGGCGAACGGCAAGAUACCACACGGUCACCAUUGA